AUGUACUCCGCUUGCAGGCAUGACUUCGGUUAUUUGGGUGGAACCAGUUGGGCAAUCUGCAGCGCGCUUGUUUGCCAAACUGAACAGCACCAGGAUCUCGAGAAAUUGUUUGGUGCUUUCUUCGACAUUAUGAGCAGCACCCCGGCGAGCAUGAAACCAUCUGUCCAGCGUGGCAAUGCCGGACUGAAGGUCAUGCUUCCUGUUGGCAGCAAUCUGUGCGCCAACCCGAACCUGACAGCCUCUGCAGCGCAACAGCUGCAGAAGGAGUUCCGACGAGGGAACAGGAUGUUUGCCAAGAUCCAGCAGAGGGAGGCAGACUGGAAACAAAUCUUUUCUGUCUCAAAGUUUUUCGAGCGCUACUACCAUUACCUUCAGUUCGACAUUACCGCCUCCAGCGAGGAGAUCAUGUUUCAGUGGUUAUCAUGGUGCAGACAACACCUUCAAGGCAUUGCAGACAUGCUGGAGACGGGCGGCAACUGCCACCUGAUCACCCGGCCUUGGCCAGAGUGGAUGCCCUUCAAGGACUGCGAGUGGCACUCUGCCAUAGCGCAUUUCAUAGCUUUGCGAGUGCUGCCGCAUACCCAGAAUGAAGCUGAACCUGAAGGUACCAGGCCUGUCAUUGACUUGCGUGAGAUCCUCGUCACACUAUUGGAGCGGCUGUGCGCAUGGCCGCUGGCGACCGAGCAUUUCGGUGAGUUCGAUCUCUACAUUCGGCACACAUCGCAGGCUGAGGUAAAGUCUUGGUUGACGGCUUUGGACGGCGGCUUUCCUGUAAAGCGCCUGCAUCGAUGCACACAGACGCAGGUGCUCGAGAAAUUAGCAGAGAGCAUGUCAGUGAUUUGCGAGAAGGAGAAGUCCACGUUGCCGCGACUUGCAGAGGAGGAUCUGGUCCAGUUCAUGGUGAAGCUCAGUGUCGAAGGCUUUCCACAGGCCGUCAAGGUGCGGCGCAUGCAAAAGUACAGUGGAACCGUGGUGCGAGCUCCGGAGUGGAUCAACGAGUCGCCGGAGAGCCCAUGGAAGCCGGGCACAGCUGUUUGCGCAGAAGUUGCGCGUGACCUCGGCGGCACCGGCGAGGUGCUGCUUUUGCAGUCAAACUGCGGCCAGAUUCGUUUUCAGUCGGGUGACCGAGUCACUUUCUGCCUGCCGAAGGCGUCAGAAGAUGGCUAUCUCCCAGAGGCAAAACUCGUCAUGCUAUCUCAUACCGACCGGCCUGCAGGAUCCGUGCUGUCCUGCUGCAGACUUCACCUGCCAAGACCCCUCAGCGAUGGGAAGCAGCCUGCGCCGUUGAACUUGGACCUGCAUGCCUUCUCCAGCAAGGUGGUGCUGUCUGGCUUGUCCAUUGAUGUUGGGGAAGCAGAGCUGAUGCGUUUCUUCUCGAAGCAAGGAGCAACGAAGGGCAUUGUUGCCCAUGCUCGGGGGUGCAGCUUUGCGUCCAUCACAUUUCCAAGUUGCGUGGACGUCGCAACGUUUCUGGGACGGUCAGCCCACGCUUUUGCAGAUGACAAGGAGACUCGCAUUGCUCUGCUUUUAAAUCGGUCGCCCAUACGCUGUCCUGCUGCAGAUGAGGCUCGGCUGCCGGCUCUCCCAGCACCUACAAUCCGGCCGGGUGAGGCACCUGCCUCCAUCUUUGUGAACUGGGCUCCCUUGCAGCUGGCCCUUGGGUAUGCUUCGCCCUGUGGUGGAGCUUCGUCCAGCUGGGACGAAGGCGCCCUCAGACGUGAAGAGGGUGAAGCACUGUGGCUCGUAUGGGCCAGCAUCCUGCUCAAGCACUAA